AUGUCAACACUGCUGAAGGUCUUUCUAUCUCGAGACAAAGCCCUCGUGAUCCUGUGCUUGGAACUCGCGCUGCUUGCUUUGACUCACUCGCUCUUGCAUUUCGACAAAGUCACGGCAGUUGAGCUAAAUCUUGAUCCAGAUGUUGGGAAGUCCACUGUCGAGCUCGUUCAAGCGCGUGGCUAUGUAGUGGAGACGCACAAUGUCACGACAAUAGAUGGAUACAUCCUCUCCAUGCAUCGCUUACCAAUGUCGUACGAAGAAAGCCAAGCAGAUACCACCGACAACGACAAGGCAGACCGAAACAAACCAGCUGUUUUCGUCCAGCAUGGAAUGGUGGCCAGUAGUUUCGCAUGGGUGUGCGACUCCCGGAACCAUAGUCUCGCCUACGUGCUUGCUGAUGCUGGCUACGAUGUCUGGCUUGGGAAUAAUCGCGGCAAUACGUACUCGUCCAGCCACGUUAGGUACACGACCAAAGACGAUGCGUUCUGGGACUUUUCAUGGGAAGAGAUGGGCAAGUUCGACAUGCCAGCAAUGCUCAACUAUGCUCUGGAGACGUCGGGACGGGAGACACUGGCCCUUGUCGGGUACUCGCAGGGGUCAACUCAGGCAUUCGUUGCGUUUGCUGAAAACCAGACCCUUGCUCGAUCCGUGUCCUAUUAUGCGGCUCUGGGACCUGUUGCCUGGCUAGGUAAUACAGCGUCGAGGACGUUCAAGCUCCUUGCUCGUGCCUACUUCGACAAGGUCCUUGAGGCCUCCAAUCAAGUCCAGCUCUUUUCACAUAACGCGUUGCUACGAAAAAUCAUUCAACCGGCUGCAUGCCACAUGGAUCCGGAAUUGUGCGCCUCGGGGUUUGCACUCGUAGUCAAAUCUACGGAGAACUUGAACGCAUCUCGUAUAGGCGCUUACACUUCAGAUGUGCCCUCAGGAACUUCCGUCAAGAGCAUGCGCCACUAUGCCCAAAGCAUCCGCGAAAACACCUUUUCAGCGUUCGACUAUGGCUGCAGAUGUCCUCGCAUGCUUGGCAUUCACCUGUGUCCGAAAAACAGGUGCAUCAACAAAGUCAAGUACGGCAGCUUUGACCCACCAGAUUUUUCCAUCAGCAGCAUGGAGUACCCUCGCACCGGAUUAUUUACUGGUGAAAACGACAUCUUCGCCACUCGAGCUGACAUCGAUCAGUUACGAUCUGCGUUGCCGUCCAGCACAAUUGUUUACGAGAAAGAGAUCAGCAGCUUUGGCCAUUUGGACUUUGUUUGGGCUGUUCAAGCCAACGAAAAGCUCUACCAACCCCUGCUUAAGCAGCUUGAGCAGUACGUCGACACCGGAUAUUAG